CGUACUCGUCCCGCUCCCAUCCUACUUCCUCAACCCCGGAGCGCAGCCGGGUUUGGGUGGGUCUCGACAGCGGCCGUGGUAGUGACAGUGGCUGAGACCCGGUCGGAAAUCACGAUGGCGAUGUCAGACAGUGGGGCGAGCCGCCUGAGGCGGCAACUGGAGUCGGGGGGCUUUGAGGCCCAGCUGUACGUGAAGCAGCUUUCUCAGCAGUCGGACGGGGACCGGGACCUCCAGGAGCACCGACAGCGCAUCCAGGCGCUGGCGGAGGAGACGGCGCAGAACCUGAAACGUAACGUCUACCAGAACUACCGGCAGUUCAUAGAGACGGCCCGCGAGAUCUCCUACCUGGAGAGCGAGAUGUACCAGCUCAGCCACCUGCUGACUGAGCAGAAGAGCAGCCUGGAGAGCAUCCCGCUAACCCUGCUGCCCGCCGCCGCUGCCGCCGCCGGGGCCGCUGCUGCCUCUGGAGGGGAGGAGGGAGGAGGCGGUCCGGGAGGCCGAGAUCACCUCCGAGGCCAGGUUGGCUUUUUUCCCACCCCCGGGGUCGCCUCCCGCGACAGUUCUGGUCCAGGUGAGGAAGGAAAGUAUCGCACUCUCACCACCCUGCUUGAGAAGGUAGAAGGCUGCAGGCAUCUGCUGGAGACGCCGGGGAAGUACCUGGUGUACAACGGGGACCUAGUGGAAUACGAGGCGGACCACAUGGCCCAAUUGCAGCGGGUGCACGGCUUUCUUAUGAACGACAGUUUGUUGGUGGCCACCUGGUUGCCGCAGAGGAGAGGUAUGUAUCGUUACGAUGCUCUCUAUCCCCUAGAUCGUUUGGCAGUGAUCAAUGUCAAGGACAACCCGCCCAUGAAGGACAUGUUCAAACUGCUAAUGUUCCCCGAGAGCCGUAUUUUUCAGGCGGAAAAUGCUAAAAUCAAACGAGAAUGGCUGGAAGUGCUAGAAGAAACCAAGAGAGCCCUCGGUGAAAAAAGACGAAGGGAUCAGGAGGAGGCAGCGGCCCCUCGAGGGCCACCGCAAGUGACUUCCAAGACCAGUAACCCUUUCGAAGAUGAAGAAGAAAAGGAACCAGCUCUUCCUGAGGUAGAGGAAGAGACAGUGGACCUCUCGAUGGAAUGGAUCCAGGAGUUACCUGAAGACCUGGAUGUGUGUAUUGCCCAGAGGGACUUCGAAGGGGCUGUUGACCUACUGGAUAAACUGAACAUUUACUUGGAAGAUAAGCCCAGUCCACCUCCUGUAAAAGAACUAAGGGCCAAAGUGGAUGAGCGUGUUCGACAGCUCACUGAGGUACUAAUGUUCGAACUCUCCCCAGGUCGUUCCCUGAGAGGUGGUCCCAAGGCUACUCGCAGGGCAGUUUCUCAACUAAUCCGGCUCGGCCAGUGCACUAAGGCUUGUGAGCUGUUUUUGAGAAACAGGGCAGCAGCUGUUCAUACUGCAAUACGUCAGCUUCGCAUUGAAGGUGCCACUUUACUCUAUAUUCAUAAACUAUGCCAUGUCUUCUUUACCAGUCUUCUUGAAACUGCGAGAGAAUUUGAGAUAGAUUUUGCAGGCACUGACAGUGGCUGCUACUCUGCCUUUGUGGUCUGGGCAAGAUCAGCCAUGGCCAUGUUUGUGGAUGCUUUUAGCAAGCAGGUGUUUGACAGUAAGGAGAGCCUUUCCACAGCAGCUGAGUGUGUAAAAGUGGCUAAAGAGCAUUGCCAGCAACUGGGUGAUAUCGGACUAGACCUCACCUUCAUCAUCCAUGCCCUUCUGGUGAAAGACAUCCAAGGGGCCUUGCACAGUUACAAAGAAAUCAUCAUUGAAGCCACUAAGCACCGCAACUCUGAAGAGAUGUGGAGGAGGAUGAACUUGAUGACUCCAGAAGCCCUGGGUAAGCUCAAAGAAGAGAUGAAAAGUUGUGGAGUAAGUACUUUUGAGCAAUACACAGGGGAUGACUGCUGGGUGAACCUAAGCUAUACAGUGGUUGCUUUCACCAAACAGACCAUGGGUUUCUUGGAAGAGGCACUGAAGCUGUAUUUCCCAGAGUUGCAUAUGGUACUUCUGGAGAGCCUGGUGGAAAUCAUUUUGGUUGCCGUCCAGCAUGUGGAUUAUAGUCUUCGGUGUGAGCAGGAUCCAGAGAAGAAGUCUUUUAUCAGACAGAAUGCAUCAUUUCUAUAUGAAACAGUCCUCCCUGUGGUGGAGAAAAGGUUUGAAGAAGGUGUGGGGAAGCCUGCCAAGCAACUCCAAGACCUGAGAAAUGCAUCUAGACUUAUUCGUGUGAAUCCCGAAAGUACAACAUCAGUGGUCUGAUUAUUUGGGUCUGUUUGUGUUUGUGUGUGUAUAUAUUGCUUAUAUAUUAUUUAUAUUUAUAUUAAGUCGCAUUAGCAUAUUGUUUAUAGUUUCAAACACAGCUUAAAAAUAGUGCCCUCUUAGAAAUGCAAAAUCACAAAGAGAAAUAAAAAAGUGUUAAGCCCAAAUAACAAAAAUACUGGAAUUAUUAAAACAUACAGUAUGUUAUCCUUUUAAAGUAUGCUGAUUCUUUGCUGAAUAUAUGCUUACACUAUAGUAUUUCAGUUUUAUCCUAUCAGUCAAAAUAUACUUUAUCCUUCUAUGUAUUAUGUGACACAGAGUCAUAAUAUUUAUAAAUAUAUGAUAUGAAUUUGUUGUGCAAAGUUUCCCAGUUCACUAAAAUGUUAGGGUUAAAGUGCCAUAUAAAACACCCUGCCUCAUACUUUCCCCCCUCCUUAAAAUGUAAUUGAACAAUUUGGGGAAAAGAAAGGAGUUAGGAACAUUGGUCUUAGGGUAAAUUUUUGUCAAAAGAAUUCUUUCUUGAAACUAGUGUGUGGACUCAGAUACUCUAUCCUUAUGGAAGGGUAAGAGGAAGCUUUCAGCAAAUAUAUAUCAGCAAAUAUAAUUAGAAUGGCUAAUUUUCACUUUGCUUAGUAGCUUCCUAAUUAUUUGACUUGGGAGCAUUUAUGUGGAAAUCUUAAGGACUAUGAUAAUUUUUUUCAACAUAUUCUAGAAUUGUGUGUUUCCAGGUGGAACUUAUGUCUUUGUCAUGUUGAAAAAAAUGAAUAAUGAAAACCAGAAUACAUUGAGGAACCUGACAGCAGCUGCCAAGUUUUUUUUUUUUUUUUUUUUUUUUUUUUAAUUUCAGUGUGCUUGUUCAUGUUUGUUUGAAGUACUCCUUUUUUGUUGAUUUUCUUUCUCCUGCAGUGCUGGCUGUUUUUGAUGUUGUUGGUAGAGACGGGGUCUUACUCUGGCUGACUGCUGCUCAUAUGGGUUAUGAACCUCUGAGCUCAGGCAAUCCACCCGCCUCGGCCUCCCACAGCGCUGGGACUACAGGCGUGAGCCACCACGCCCGGCCGCAGCUGCCAAGUUUUAACUGCCCUCUCACUGUCCCUCCACUCCUCCAAUAUGAGUUAUAUAGUGGCCCAGGCUUCAUUAAAUGGAAAAAAGGUUUUCAUUGAAAUAGUUAUUUGGAUGUCAGGGUCUGAGUGGGAAGUCAGAAAAAAACAUAUGUACCUAGUGAUCUCAAGACUAGUCUGAGGAGAGAUUUGUUUUUGUUUUUGUAACGAAGUGGAGAACAGAGAGAGAAGACUGUGCUCAAAGCAAAAGGAAGACAGAAUCUUCUGACUCCUAGAAUGCUCCAUGCUGCAUAUUUCUUGUUUGAAUUUUAAAAGUGAAUGUAAUGUUUACCUCAGAUUGUUUAGUCAAACAAUAACUAAAGAAACACGAACAUCCUAAGGUUUCUAAACUGGUGCUUCUGUUGUAUGUUUAGUAUAUAACAUUCUUCAUACUUUGAGAGGAAUUGUGUUUGUUAUGUUCUUCCCCUAGCUGCUGCUUAUGAUCCUUGUCCCUAAGUGCCAUUUUGGAUGCCAGUGAUUUCAAAGGUCAUUUCCUUUACCUGAAUAAAAUGGUGGUAAUAAGACUGAAAGUUAUGUAAAACCUAAAACAGAUUCCAAAUAGUGGCUCAAGGGUCGUAAACCGCCUUGACGUAAUUAUCUGUGUGCCAGACAAACCCUGUUCUUUUCUUUUUAGCUAUGCUUACUGAAAAGGUUGAAAAUUGUCAGUUACAGAUUUCCUUUGACUAAUGUUUAUCACAUACCUUUAGGAUUUUUUAGAUAGCCAUAUCUGGAUAUCUCAGAUGAACAAAGGCAGUUAUAAUUUCUCUUUUCUUAGGUUACUGGAAAAUGAAUUUGAUAAAAUUUUGUGAUUAUUAUGAUUUUGUGCCAUUUACAGCUUCUGAUGUUGUACAAAACACAUAUAGUGUAAAUAUAUGAUGCUGAAUCCAUGAUACUGCUGAAUUCAAAAUUUCUCUUAAGACAUGAAGUUGUAAAAAUUUAAAUGUGUACAGUUAUUUAAAUGGUUGCUUCACAGAACUGUCUGCUUUGUAAAACUGGAAAUACAGACUAUUCUUUUGUUAAAAUUUGUGUGUUCCUUCUUCAGAGUUGCUGCUGAAGAAAGUAUAGUUUUGGUGUAUCAAAUAAUGUGGAAAGUUAAUUAACUACCAUCAGUGUUGUAUCUUUGUGCCCAAUUAUGUUGCAUUCCUCAAAGUGGAGUCAAAGGUGCUGUGAUUUUUUUGUUUCUAUUAGGCUCCAAAACAAGUUCUAAAAAUUGAAUGCACUUAGAGCUUAUCCAGAAAUACAGUAUUAAUACAUACGGAAAUAUACCACUUAAGGGUUGAUUACCUUUUUUUGCUUCAAGCAUACACUGUCACUUGAUCUUGGAAUCACAGACAGAAUUAAUUACUGUUGGGGGGGGAGUCACCCUGUGGAAUUAAGUCUCUUUUUGAUUAAAGCCUUAUUUCACAUAAGUGCUGAAAACUCACUUAUUUUUGUUUAAAUACUAUCUACAGCUUCAUUACCAGCCCUGUAUUUUACAACUUGAUAUUUUACCUAGGAUUGGGAAUUAAGGGCUUGACAUGUAGUAUAAAAUCAGUAUAUGUACAUUUUGCUUAUUGAUAUGAGGGAAUCUGAAAUGUUUUGUAAAAAUAAAGCUUAAAAACUUUUUUACACUGGAUAAAAUUGAUAUUACAAUAUUAUAUUUAUUUCUCUUCUUUAAUCAGGACUUAAUAUUCUUACAUCCUUGUUACUGGAAUAUUCUUCGAAGAGCCUCGUUUGGUUUUUGUGUUUUAUUUAUGUGAGGAUGAUAGGUGGUAAGCUAUUUGCUGUUCUGCUUACUGUCAGUAUUGUGACUAAAUCAGUUCUCAAUUUCUUAGGACACCCUUGAAUGGAAAAUUUCAGAUGUACAAAAUGUGAAUUUACUCUAAAAAGUAGAUUUAAUGCCGUCUGCACAUCCCUAAAUAAAGAACAUAAAAAGAGGUCCAUGAGACCUAGGAACUAAAUGACAUGGCCCUGCUUUUUAAAAAUAUUAUAUAGCUACUGAGGAGAUGAUCCUGUAUUUAAAACUAUUGAAUGCUGUGCCUCACAGCAUUGACCUCAUUGACUGUAAAGUGGGGAGACUGUAAAGGUCAAAAUAAAUUUAAGCAUGCUUUCUUCUCUUAAAGUGCAUAAAAAUUGGGGGAAAAAUCAACAAAUAUAAUUUAGAUAGUAAUUAAACAUGCAGCUGUGUAUGGUGGGAAUAUUGAGAAAGAAGAGAGCAGGGUAAUUUUAAGGAGUUUAUUAGGUUCUUGUGGAAUUGUUGGCAUUUCAGCUGGUCGUUGAAGAAUGCACAAGACUUAGAUGUGCAAAGAAAAGCAUGACCUGAGCCAAGUUGCAGAAGUGGACAUACAGGCGUUGCGUGGAGAGGUCUGCUUUGACAGAGCAUGGGGUGAAAGGGGAAAUGAGCAGCAGCGCCUGCCUCCUAUGGGAGUUUCAGUCUUGCAGAAAGGAAUGAAGUGAACUCAACAUCCGCUUCCCCACCCGCCCCCGCAGUCCUAUUCACCACAGGGGACCACUGGUAACGGUCUCUUGUACAUUUUUUUCUCCCAGAUGCGGGAUUAUACUGUAUCUUGUUUUUAGACACUUAAUUCAGUAUUUUUAAGUGUUGUAUUUUACUGGGUUUUUGUUUUGUCAUGGAAUUGUGUUCGGUCAGAGUGAAUGGAUAUAUCAUAAUUUUGCAUUUUUCAGUUACUUUGUUGGUUUCAGGUUUUGGUGAUCACAAAAAAACCUUUAAAAAUUCCAUAUGUGUGUGUGUGUGUGUGUGUGUGUAUAUAUGUAUAUAUAUGGAAAUAUAUAUGUAAUGGCUAUAUAAAGUAAAUAUAUAUAAAGUA